UUACGAACGAAAAAAAAAUCGAUCACAGAUAAUAAACUCACCUGCCGAAAAUCGAAUCCGAUACCUCAUCGUAACCAUGCUCUUAACUAAGCACAAUCAAAACAAUAUCCAUCAUCAUUUCUUGGAUAUAUUUCCAACACUAGUAAUACUAUCUCUUUCUUGCCUUGUACAUACCUGUCGCGGCUCGUGCGAUCCGUUGGAUCGAGAUUCUCUAUCGUCGUUCAAUCUCAGCCUUUCAUCUUCGCCUCCUUUGAAUUGGACGCUUUCGAUCGAUUGCUGUAGUUGGGAAGGUAUUGCCUGUGACAUCACCUCAGGCAGAGUGAUCAAUCUUUGGCUACCUUCAAGAGGCCUUUCCGGAACAAUAUCACCUUCGAUUUUAAAUCUCGCGAAUCUCUCUCGACUCAGCCUCUCCCAUAAUUGGCUCUCCGGGAAUCUUCCGGAAGGUUUCUUCACUUCGUUGAAUCGAUUACGCGUUCUUGAUUUGAGCCGUAAUCGGUUGUCCGAUGAGAUAAUCGAAUCGGACAAACUUCCUUCCACUAUCCAGAUAUUCAACUUUUCGAAUAAUCAUUUUCAUGGGGCAAUUCAGUCUUCUUUCCUCCAAUCCGCAUUGAAUUUGGAGAGUUUCGAUGUUAGUAACAACAGCUUCUCCGGUUCGAUUCCUGCAGUUAUAUGCAGUUUCUCCCCUUCGAUCAUCCGCCUCGAUUUCUCCAACAACGAUUUCGUGGGCCCGAUUGGUCAAGGCUUCGGUGACUGUACGGAACUGCAGAGCCUCAGAGCAGGGUUCAGUUAUCUAACUGGAGAGGUACCGCAGGAUAUUUACAGGCUGGUGGAACUGCAGGAACUGUACUUACCUGGAAACAAGCUCACUGGACCGAUCGACAACGAAAGAAUCGUCAACCUCGUCAAUCUUAAAAUCCUCGCCCUGUACGGUAAUAACUUUACAGGAACAAUUCCUCAAGAUAUCGGGAAGCUGUAUAAAUUGGAACAGCUGCAGCUACAUAUAAAUAAUCUGAAUGGCACUAUUCCACCCUCACUCACAAACUGCACCAAACUCACAGCACUGAAUCUAAGAGUCAACCACCUCGAAGGUCAACUUUCCGAUUUUGAUUUCUCGAAAUUCGUCCAACUUAAAUCAGUCGAUCUUGGCAAUAAUUUCUUUCGUGGUAAUUUGCCAAAAACUCUGUUUUCUUGCAAGACACUUACUGCAAUUCGAUUGGCCACAAACAAUCUCAGCGGAGAUAUUUUGCCGGAGAUAGCUUCGUUGCAGUCUCUAUCAUUCCUCUCACUUUCUGUCAACGGUUUCACCAACGUGACAAAUGCACUGAGGAUUCUAACAGGAUGCAAGAAUCUGACAACCUUAAUCCUCUCGAAAAAUUUCUACAACGAACCGUUGCCAGGCAAUGAAGACUUUAUUGGCGUUGAUACGUUUCGAAAUCUUCAAGUACUCGCUUUCGGUGGCUGCAGAUUGACCGGUCGAAUUCCCACGUGGCUAUCGAAGCUGACUAAGCUGGAGGUUCUUGAUUUAUCCUUCAAUAACUUCACAGGCUAUGUACCAGGUUGGUUUGGGACACUCCCAAAUCUUUUCUACUUAGAUUUGUCUCAUAAUCUACUUACGGGGUACUUUCCAAUCGAGAUUAUUACACUGCGUAGACUAGCGUACCAGCAGAAUUCCGAUUUAGUCAACAGUAGCAUUUUGGAGCUGCCCGUUUUUGUUAAGCCGGACAACGUAUCGAAUCUGCAGUACAAUCAGCUCUCGAAUUUGCCGCCAGCGAUAUACCUCGGUAAUAACAGCAUCGUAGGAACUAUUCCGAUAGAGAUUGGUCAAAUGAAGUUCAUCAUUGCACUGGAUCUUAGUAACAACCAUUUCUCCGGGAAUAUUCCAGAAACAAUAUCGAAUCUCACCAAUUUAGAAAAACUGGACCUUUCUGGAAAUAAUCUCACCGGCGAAAUUCCGGCAUCGCUGCAAAACCUCAACUUUCUAUCUUCUUUCAGCGUUGCGUACAACAAUCUUGAAGGGCCGAUACCCACAGGAGGGCAGUUUGAUACAUUCCCAAAUUCGAGCUUCGAAGGAAAUCCAAAGCUGUGUGGUCCGAUUCUGCAGCUGCCCUGUAAUAAUAACCGCCAACAAGGCAAUACGAGUACUCAAACAGCAAUGAAUAAAGGGUGUAAUAAUCGGAAGAAAACAAUCGUACUAACACUCGUGAUCAGUUCAGCCAUUUUCGCUACAGCCCUGUUUCUAUAUUGGAUCUUUUUAAAGAGGAGAAUCCAACCGAAAAACAAACUCGAAGAAAAAGAUUUCGACACUGUAUCAUACAAUUCCUCGGGAGUAUAUCCUGAGGCUGCAAAGGACACUAGCCUCGUAAUAUUGUUCCCAAAUGACAAGAAAAAAGUGAAGGAUCUCACAAUAUUCGAUAUAUUAAAAGCCACCGAAAAUUUCAACCAAUCGAAUAUAAUCGGCUGUGGGGGUUUCGGUUUGGUGUACAGAGCAACUUUAACCGACGGCACAAAACUUGCGAUCAAGAAACUCUCCGGUGACAUGGGGUUGAUGGAGAGAGAGUUCACAGCUGAGGUGGAAGCUCUGUCCACAGCAAAACACAAGAACCUCGUUACACUACAAGGCUACUGUGUGCACGAUGGCUGUAGAUUGUUGAUAUACACUUACAUGGAGAACGGGAGCUUGGAUUACUGGUUGCACGAAAAACCCGACGGAGCGACCCAGCUCAGUUGGCCCACCCGUUUGAGGAUUGCUCGUGGAGCAAGCUGUGGUGUGGCUUACAUGCACCAAAUCUGCGAGCCACACAUAGUGCACCGUGAUAUCAAGUCAAGUAAUAUCCUUCUUGAUCAGAAUUUCGAAGCACAUGUGGCGGAUUUCGGGCUAGCAAGAUUGAUUCUUCCUUAUCAUACACACGUCACCACGGAAUUGGUCGGUACGCUCGGGUAUAUUCCGCCGGAAUAUAGCCAGUCGUGGAUAGCUACUCUGAGAGGGGAUAUCUAUAGUUUUGGUGUGGUUAUGCUUGAGCUAUUGACUGGGAGAAGACCUGUUGAGCUGUUCAAGCCGAAAACCGCGAGAGAAUUGGUUGUGUGGGUGCAGAAAAUGAGGAGUGAGGGGAAACAAGAAGACGUGUUUGAUCCGAUUUUGAGAGGGAAAGGCUUUGACGAAGAGAUGCUGCAAGUGCUUGAUGUUGCGUGUAUGUGCGUUAACCAGAAUCCUUUGAAGAGGCCAAAUAUUCAAGAAGUUGUUGAUUGGCUUAAGGAUGUUGGAUCUAACAGACAAACAACGGAAGGAGAAAAUAACGCAUGAACACGGAAAUGUGAGUUUGCUGCAGCUAAUUUUUUUUUCUUUCCCUACAAAAGCAGAGAUUUAUGUAAAUUAGUCUAUAAGGUGUACAGAGAGAAUUAUUUGCUUCGAAAGAAACUCGUGCAUGGAAACAUACGACACGUACUGAACAUACAUUUGAAUGAGUAGAGUAGUACUAAAGCUGCUAUAAUUUUAACAUACUAA